AUGGACACCAAUAUGGAGGACGUCGGGCGAGCACCCGCCGAAGCUUCACCCGUCCUCAACCUCGAGCCCACCACCAUCCCCACCCUCGAUGGCUGGAUUGAGAGCUUGAUGUCCUGCAAGCAGCUGGCCGAGUCCGAUGUCCAGAGACUUUGCGACAAGGUGAGACGGGAACCGAGAAGGGGGGACGCCGUGCUGCAGCUGCCCGAGGGCCGCGUCGAUGUUGUUGAGCUGUCAUGCACAAUGGCCUCGUCGCGUCGUCAGGCGGCGCGAGAAGUCUUGCAGGAGGAGUCAAAUGUGCAGCCAGUGAAAUGCCCCGUCACCGUCUGCGGUGAUAUCCACGGCCAGUUCCACGACCUGAUGGAGCUGUUCAAGAUUGGUGGUCCCAACCCCGACACCAACUACCUCUUCAUGGGUGAUUACGUCGACAGAGGUUACUAUUCGGUUGAGACCGUCACUCUCCUCGUUGCCCUCAAGAUCCGAUACCCCCAGCGCAUUACCAUCCUCCGUGGAAACCACGAGUCCCGUCAGAUCACUCAAGUCUACGGCUUCUACGACGAGUGCCUCCGAAAGUACGGCAACGCCAACGUGUGGAAGUACUUCACCGACCUGUUCGACUACCUCCCCCUCACCGCCCUCAUCGACAACCAGAUCUUCUGUCUCCACGGCGGCCUGUCCCCCAGUAUCGACACGCUCGAUAACAUCCGAGCCCUGGACCGGAUCCAGGAGGUUCCCCACGAGGGUCCCAUGUGUGACCUUCUGUGGUCAGAUCCCGAUGACCGAUGCGGUUGGGGAAUCUCUCCACGUGGUGCGGGGUAUACCUUCGGACAAGAUAUUUCAGAGGCGUUCAAUCAUAACAACGGCUUGACGUUGAUUGCACGAGCCCAUCAGCUCGUUAUGGAGGGUUAUAACUGGUCCCAAGACCGAAAUGUCGUGACCAUCUUCUCAGCGCCCAACUACUGCUACCGAUGUGGUAACCAGGCCGCCAUCAUGGAGAUUGAUGAGCACCUGAAGUACACCUUCUUGCAAUUCGACCCUUGCCCUAGAGCAGGAGAGCCGAUGGUCUCAAGGCGGACUCCCGACUACUUCCUCUAA